AUGGGCGUGCAGGGCUUCCAGGACUACAUCGAGAAGCACUGCCCGAGCGCCGUGGUGCCGGUGGAGCUGCAGAAGCUGGCCCGGGGCAGCCUGGUGGGCGGCGGGCGGCAGCGGCCCCCGCACACGCCGCUGCGCCUGCUGGUGGACGCCGACAACUGCCUGCACCGCCUCUACGGCGGCUUCUACACCGACUGGGUGAGCGGCGGCCAGUGGAACCACAUGCUCGGCUACCUGGCCGCGCUGGCCAAGGCCUGCUUCGGCGGCAACAUCGAGCUCUUCGUCUUCUUCAACGGCGCGCUCGAGAAGGCGCGGCUGCACGAGUGGGUCAAGCGGCAGGGCAACGAGCGCCAGACGGCGCAGCAGAUCGUCAGCCAUGUCCAGAACAAGGGCACCCCGCCGCCCAAGGUCUGGUUCCUGCCGCCCGUCUGCAUGGCGCACUGCAUCCGCCUGGCGCUCAUCCGCUUCCACGUCAAGGUUGCACAGAGCAUCGAGGACCAUCAUCAAGAAGUCAUUGGUUUCUGCAGAGAAAACGGCUUUCAUGGUUUGGUUGCGUACGACUCUGACUACGCGCUGUGCAACAUCCCCUACUAUUUCAGUGCCCAUGCCCUAAAGCUGAGCCGGAAUGGGAAAAGUCUCACCACCAGCCAAUACCUGAUGCAUGAGGUGGCCAAGCAGCUGGACCUGAACCCAAACCGCUUCCCUGUCUUCGCCGCUCUGUUAGGAAAUCACAUUCUACCUGAUGAAGACCUGGCCUCCUUUCAUUGGAGUUUACUUGGUCCAGAGCACCCACUUGCCUCACUUAAGGUCCGGGCCCACCAGCUGGUCUUGCCGCCAUGUGACGUGGUGAUCAAGGCUGUGGCUGACUAUGUCCGCAACAUCCAGGACACCUCGGACUUGGAUGCCAUAGCUAAAGACGUUUUCCAGCACUCUCAGUCUAGAACAGAUGACAAAGUUAUUCGAUUUAAGAGAGCAAUUGGAUAUUAUUCAGCGACUAGUAAGCCUGUGGCAUUUCACCCACCACACUACUUAGCCAGAGCACAUCCGUUUGCAUUUCCUGGGAUAGUGCCACCGUAUGUUCCCCCCCAGAUGCUCAACAUUCCACAGACCUCUCUGCAAGCCAAGCCCGUGGCUCCACAGGGGCCCAACCCAGGUGCUCCGGGUCAGGGGCCGCCCCAUUACAGCCUCGCUGAGCCGGCCCUCACUUUGGAAACCAGCGGAAAGAAUCUGACUGAGCAGAACAACUACAAUAACAUUCCUCACGAAGGAAAGCAUACUCCACUGUAUGAAAGGUCUUCCCCCAUCAACCCCGCUCCGAGCGGCAGCCCCAAUCAUGUGGACUCAGCGUACUUUCCUGGUUCUUCUACAUCGUCAUCUUCAGACAACGAUGAAGGCAGUGGAGGAGCUGCAAACCAUGUCAGUGGGAACAAAAUUGGCUGGGAGAAGACAGGAAGCCACUCGGAGCCUCAAGCGCGGGGAGACCCAGGAGACCAAACAAAGGUAGAAGGUUCGUCCACUGCCUCUUCAGGCAGCCAGCUUGCUGACGGAAAGGGAAGCCAGAUUGGCACUGUCCAGCCAAUUCCAUGCCUCCUCUCCAUGCCCACCAGGAACCACAUGGACAUCACCACCCCGCCUCUGCCCCCUGUUGCUCCCGAGGUGCUGCGAGUAGCCGAGCACCGUCACAAGAAGGGGCUGAUGUACCCGUACAUCUUCCACGUCCUGACGAAGGGUGAAAUCAAAAUUGCUGUUUCUAUUGAAGAUGAAGCCAGCAAAGACCUGCCUCCCGCCGCCCUGCUCUAUAGGCCAGUUCGCCAGUAUGUUUACGGAGUCCUGUUUAGCUUGGCAGAAAGCAGAAAGAAAACUGAGAGACUUGCUUUUAGAAAGAACAGACUUCCACCAGAAUCGGUUUCACCAGUGAUCAUUAAGGAGUGGGCAGCUUACAAAGGGAAAUCUCCACAAACUCCGGAACUGGUGGAAGCUCUUGCCUUCAGGGAGUGGACCUGCCCCAACCUGAAGAGGCUCUGGCUGGGGAAGGCAGUGGAGGACAAGAACCGCAGGAUGAGGGCCUUCCUGGCCUGCAUGAGGUCAGACACUCCAGCCAUGCUCAACUCAGCCAGCGUGCCCACUCAUCUCACGGUGCUGUGCUGUGUCCUACGGUAUAUGGUGCAGUGGCCUGGAGCACGGAUACUGCGUCGUCAGGAGCUGGAUGCCUUCCUGGCUCAGGCAUUGUCCCCCAAACUCUACGAGCCUGAUCAGCUGCAGGAACUCAAGAUUGAGAACCUCGACCCUCGAGGCAUUCAGCUGUCAGCUCUCUUCAUGAGUGGCGUGGACAUGGCCCUGUUUGCAAACGACGCAUGUGGCCAGCCCGUGCCCUGGGAACACUGCUGUCCUUGGAUGUAUUUUGAUGGCAAGCUCUUCCAGUCAAAACUCCUCAAAGCAAGCCGGGAAAAGACCCCACUCAUCGACCUCUGUGAUGGUCAGGCAGAGCAAGCUGCCAAGGUGGAGAAGAUGCGGCAGAGCAUCCUGGAAGGGCUGAACUUCUCCCGGCAGAGCCUCCCGCUCCCCUUCCCACCGCCCUCGGCGCUGCCUUUCUACCCCUCCUCGGUGUACCCGAGGCACUUCGGGCCUGUCCCCCCAGCUCAGGGCCGAGGGCGUGGCUUUGCAGGAGUCUGUGGCUUUGGAGGCCCCUAUGGGGAAACUGUAGCAGCAGGCGCCUACCGUGCCUUCCGCGUGGCGACGGCAGCAGGACACUGUGGAGCCUUCUCAGGCAGUGACGGCAGCAGGACUAGCAAGUCGCAGGGUGGAAUCCAGCCUAUGCCUUCUCAGGGAGGGAAGCUGGAGAUCGCGGGCACGGUGGUCGGCCACUGGGCUGGGAGCAGGCGGGGCCGUGGGGGCCGCGGGCCUUUCCCCCUGCAGGUCGUUUCUGUUGGAGGACCAGCCAGAGGGCGUCCACGCGGAGUUAUUUCCACCCCAGUGAUCAGAACCUUCGGAAGAGGUGGGAGGUACUACGGCAGAGGUUACAAAAACCAGGGUGCGAUUCAGGGCAAGCCUCCUUAUGCUGCUUCAGCAGAAGAAGUGGCCAAAGAACUGAAGUCGAGAUCCGGGGAAUCUAAGUCCUCCGCCAUAUCUUCAGACGGGUCCCUGGCUGAGAACGGAGUGGUGGCUGAGAAGCCGGCUUCCCAGAUGAACGGGAGUGUAGGCGACACCAGGGCCCCCAGCCACUCGGAAAGUGCCUUGAACAAUGACUCUAAGACGUGCAAUACAAAUCCUCACUUAAAUGCACUAAGCACAGACAGUGCUUGCCGUGGAGCCGAUGCUCUGGAGGCAGCUGUCUUAAAGCAAGAAGAAUAA